CCGCACGCGCAUCAUGGACUCUGUAGUGAGGAAGACCCUGAGGGGGCCCGUCAGGAAGCUGACCAGCUGUGUGUCGGGAGAGAGGGAGAAGGAGGUGAUGUUCGACCACAGGCAGAGGAGAGCCAGAGGAGGAGCAAGAGGAGCAGGAGGAGGAGCAAGAGGAGCAGCUGCCCCCUGCCCCAGGGAGUCCGCGGCCCCCCGCUCCCACCAGCCUGGCCUGGACCCGGAGAGGAAGCCGCGAGAAGGUCUGAAUGCCAAGAAGAACGCCGAGAGGGCGGCCCUGAGGGCUCACUACAGGAGGAAGUACCAGCUCACCAGGAGCGCCAAGGACACGGACCAUUUGAGGCCGUUUGGGGGGAAAAUAGCUCUCCCCCGCGAGCUGGCGAAAAUAGUUAAUUCCGACGGUAAGAGCAAGGACGAUGGAUUCAACUUAUUGAAGGUGUUCCAAGGCCUCAGCUUCAGCACGGGGCCGGUCCAAGGGGCCAGACGCAGCCACACUCCCACCCCUCAAACAGCCAAUGGGGCCACGUGCCAAGUCAUGUGAUCGGGAGGUGGUCUAUGACUGUGCUGGUUGUGAUGGGACCAUUACAACUCCACACGGGACAGACCAUGAGGUCAUACACAUGACCAGCUCACCCACGGCUGGAUGCUUUACAUGAAUCUACACAUUUGACAAAUUCAUGUUUGAUAUGCUUUUUGAAUAAAUUUUAUUCAUAUUUCUUGCUAACUUUUAAUAUGUAUUAAAUGCGCGGUAUUAUAUUUGAUCAUAACGUAUUGUAUAUGUUGGUUUGUAAUGGUUUUUUAAGAUGUGUUUUAUGAAUUGUCACAUAAUCACUAUUACAUGUACACAUUUUAUUGAUGUUUGUAUUCAUUUAAGUUUUUGUACUUUCAUCAAUCCUAAGCACCUUGUGAGGUUGACUGAAGAUUAUAACUUCUGCAUGAUCUUUUUAAGAAGGGCCAUUUUGGA